AUGAAGAGUGAUUUUGUGGUUGAGUUCCGGAGCGCAUGGAUUGAGGGCCAGAGGCUAUACAUUCAGACAGAGUUUUGCGACUAUACUCUAAAGGAGAUUAUUGAAGCAAAAAAUAAACACUUUAGCGCUUCCAACGCCGCAUCCUUUGGACAGACUAUUGAUAUAACACUCAUACCUCUCAUUGAUUACUUCAUAGCAUAUGAAUUGUUUGAGGAAUUGACCGAAAGCCUCAACUAUUUGCAUUCCUUUAAGCCUCCAAUUAUGCACCGGGACCUCAAACCCGCAAAUAUACUUGUAUUGCAUACAAUUGCCGGAUCUGGGCGUCAGUUCAUUAAGAUAGGUGACUUUGGUUACGCCAAACCAUACGUAUAUUUAGGCCAAUCGAAUACUGUAGAUAAAGGAACCGUUAAGUAUAUGGCACGAGAAGUUUGUCGCGGAAAGCAUUACGACACCAAAGCCGAUGUCUAUAGUCUAGGCCUCAUUUGCAUCGAAUUAUUUGGUUUAGACGAGUUCCAGUAA